CACGUCUGUAGAUUGCUUACUCUUCGAUUGGUUUUUUUCCAGGUGACUUGGGUCGAACACCUAGAGUGCCAGAAAAACUCUGUUCAUUCCCUGUAUCGGACAACCGUUAGCAGCGGUCUGGCAUUCGGUGCAAAGCACUGGAUCGCAACACUACAACAACAAUGUGAGAGACUCGUGUUCUUCAUGGCAACAAAUGUUCCCAUAAAGGAUUCAAGCGGAAUUCCCACAAGUGCUGGAAGGAAAAGUAUACUGAAAUUGGCACAAAGAAUGACUUGGAGUUUCUGUCGAGCGCUUGGUGCAUCUAGCUACAAUACAUGGAGCAAGAUUCCUAGUAAAACUGGUGAUGAUAUAAGGGUGGCUUCAAGGAAAAAUAUAAACGAUCCCGGAGAACCUCCCGGGGUGAUCUUGUGUGCAGUUUCUUCCGUAUGGUUGCCCGUCUCUCACCACAUCUUGUUCGACUUCUUACGAGACGAAAACCAUCGUAAUGAGUGGGACAUCAUGUCGAAUGGAAGUCCGGUGCAAUGCAUUGUAAACUUGGCUAAAGGGCAGGACAGAGGAAAUGCAGUUACUAUCCAAGCGAUGAAGACGAAAGACCAGAAUAUGUGGAUACUCCAAGACAGCUGCACAAAUGCAUACGAAUCUAUGGUCGUCUAUGCUCCUGUGGACAUCAACGGCAUGCAAUCUGUGAUAACGGGUUGUGAUUCAAGUGACAUUGCUCUUUUAUCUUCAGGUUUUUCUGUGCUUCCUGAUGGGAUCGAAUCUCGAUCCUUGGUUAUCACUUCUAAGCCAGAGGAAAAGAGCACAGAAGGAGGAUCAUUGCUCACUAUUGCAUUUCAAAUCCUAACUAGCAAUUCUCCAACAGCAAAACUUUCUAUGGAAUCCGUAGAUUCAGUUAACACCCUUAUAUCAUGCACAUUGCAGAGCAUAAAGAAAUUUUUGCAGUGUGAAGAAUGAUGAAUUUGUUCUUAAACGAUAGUCCAGGCAUAGCAGAUAGAAAGUAUAGGAUCAAAUUAUACAGUUUCAACAAUCUUUUCCUUGGUGGACUUUCAAUUUGUUAAUGUCAUGGCAAUAAAAGAAUAAAACUGAUGUUUCAAGUA